AUGACAACAGCGAGCAGUUAUAUCUUUACGAACCCGUUAUGUCCAAAGUCCAUUUUUUGGACUAAUUUAAUGCUUUUAGGCUUCGACCCUUCGGUUCAUACUUCAUAUUCAGCUAUAGUUUUUAAUAAAGACGUAUUCACGAAAGGGCCAAGCUCCGUUAAAGCUAUGGAACUAAUAGUUUGGUUUUUAUUUAAUGAAUUGGAUAGUACGCAGACAAAGGACAAUUUUUUUGAAUGUUGGCCGGUUACUUCUCUUGCAACUUCAGUAAAAUUUCGCAACAUUGCUUACAAAUGGUUAGAAAAGUUAAAAAAGGAGGGAUGUUUAGGAUAUACAGAUAUUAUACUGAGACGAAGUGCAUUUGAUGAGUGUCAAGGUGAAAGGUUUGAACGUGUUAUAAUGGCAUUCUCGAAUUAUGUUAUUAGAGUAUCUUUAGAUAGGGAAUAUCAAAACUAUUGCCAAGUAUUUCCUAUUAAUUUUAAAAUUUUAAAGGAAUCGGCUCCGGAUUUAUUAAAAACAAUAUUAAAGGUUCAUAUAAAAAUACAAACGGAUAAAUUUAUAACCGAGACACAAGAACGAUUAGAUUGCCAAGAACGUUGGAAAAAUUUAGCUAAUAUCCUGACAGAUCGUUUACACGAUAUCACGGAAAGAAAAAACCAAUUGGAGAGAGAUAUAUCUGAAUUUUAUAAAGGGAAAUUGGUCCUUGAGACAUUUGAUAAUUUAUCGAUAGAACAAAUCUCUUUGAUAAGAUUACAAAAACUAGAGAAUGUUCGUUUAACAUGGAAUCUGUGCUUGUCUUGGAUUAAAAACAAUCAAAAUUUUAUUGAUAGUAUUGAAGACAUCAUUUAUGAUCGUGCAAAUAAGUAUAGAUUAGACGGACAGGAAUUAUUAUUAGAAGUUCCUGACGUUAUGAUGACUAUUUGGGAAAGAUUUUUUCAGAAAGAACAAAUAAAUCCUUGCCAAGGGGGAAAAAAAGAUCUUAAAUCUUUAUUAAUAUUAUGGAGAUUCUCUUUGAAAACAUUAAUUAAAAAUAAAUAUGAUAAAUUCAAGAACGAGGAUCUAUCUUGCACUUUAAAUAAACUUGAAGGAUAUCUGUCGGCACAACAGGAACAAACAAGAAGUCUUUCUUCGCUCAAAAAUUUGUUGCGAACGCGUUUAAAUGAAAUAAAUAAAUCGAUCAGGUCAUUACGUGAAGAUCUCAGGUGGCCUUUGACGUUAGGUUAUGACGAAGAUAUCGAAGGUCGAAAAAUGUUUGUCAUGCUCAAAGUACCAUCUUUUAAUUUUAAACACGACAUAUUUGAUGAUCAAAUUGAUGAUAAAGUAAUGGUUGAAUUUAAGUUUGGAAAUGAAUUUUCUUCAAGCUCUAAAAUCGCUACAAAAAGAUCUGCUCAACCGAUUGAAUUUAAUAAACUGCAAGAUACUACUCUGAAGCUUGUCGAUAUGGAAAGAGAACCAAAAUUGAUGACAAAAUUAUAUAAGAAACAUAGUUCUGCUACGAAGUUACCGGAAAUGGGACCACACGAUAUAUUAACAAGUGAUAUAGUCAACCAUGUUGCAAAUGAAGGAGAUAGUCCAUUAACUAAUGCACCUCCCCUACAAUGUUCAAAAGAAGAAGGCGUUGGGACUAUACACAGUGUACAUGAUCCCGUGAAUGCCAUGGAAAAAGAAGGGUUCAAACCUAAAAAAGAAAUCACGCGGACGCCACCUAAAUCUGCUUUAAAAUCUGAAUCUGCUUCAAUUUCAAGGUCAGUCCGUUCGGUUAGAUUUGAUAUGACACAAUUGAUGGACGAAACGCUACCUGGAAUGAUUGAUGAAAGCGAAAGUUAUGAAUGGGAAUAA